AUGCAUCAGGGUCACAUCCCAGAAGUGAACAUAGAUCGACUUACAUGUUUUGAUCGUCCGUUUCUGGAAAGCUGCUCUGCAUCAAAGAAGGAAUUCGAUACUGAUCGUCGUGGCGAUCGUCAUGCUUCAGCCCACGGCAUAUACAGCGACGUAGCUGUCAGACCGGUUCUUGGGACUCCUGCAAUCGGAUUGGUGCUGAUCGGCGCAAUCCUUCUCUCGGCACUCCUUGACAUGCAAGCUCUCAUCACUGUAUUGGUACCGGUGGAAAUAGCACAUGCAGUGAGAUGGCUGAGUAGCUAA